CAGGACGUAGUUACACCAAACUUUACACCGUUUUGUCCUUCCGUGCUAAGGUUGGCUUUCUGUAGACGUCGCCGUGUUGCUAGGAAACAUAGUUAGGCUAGUAAAAGCCUGUUAAUUACUCCCAGCUGCCACACAGACGUGAUGUGGGCUCUGGCUUCCAGCACAGUUACACUCAGUUACUGUUAAACGUGUGGCUCGUUGUAUCAGGUGAAUAGGAGGCGAAGUGGAUGAGUGACAAGCUAUGCAGUGUAGAAAACUGCAUCCCCGGCACGGGAGUAUAUCUGCGGCACGGCUACAUAUACUCCUCACUAGCUGGCUACGUGCUCAAGAAAAACGAGGGAGAGGAGUUGCCAGUGAUUUCAGUGGUGAGGGAAACAGAAACGCAACUACUACCCGAUGUAGGAGCAAUAGUCACUUGUAAGGUGACCAGCAUCAACCCCAGGUUCGCCAAGGUCCACAUCCUUUAUGUAGGCUCCACACCGCUGAAGGACCGCUUCAGAGGAACAAUCAGGAAAGAAGAUGUGCGCGCAACAGAGAAAGACAAGGUGGAGACAUACAAAAGCUUCAGACCUGGAGACAUCGUCUUGGCGAAAGUCAUUUCUCUCGGUGAUGUGCAGUCUAACUACCUGUUGACUACAGCGGAGAAUGAACUGGGGGUGGUGGUGGCACACAGUGAAGCAGGUGCCCAGAUGGUUCCCAUCAGCUGGUGCGAGAUGCAGUGCCCGCGGACGCACGGCAAAGAGUUCCGCAAAGUGGCGCGAGUGCAGCCGUUGUAUCUACAGGCAUGAGACAACUCCUUUCUUCCACAAGGAACACACAGCUUCCCCUCCGCUCUUUCACUCACUGUCGUCGAGAAGCCUCCCAACUCUGCUUCAGAUGUUUUCUGAGAGACUGGACAACGUGCAUAUUCUUGGCUACUUCAGGCUUCGUGUCUUAAGUGUUUUUUUAAAUAGCUUCAAUCAUUUGAUCGUGCCAGCUUGAAAACACUGCGUCAGACCAAACUGUCAGGACAUAUUCUAAACAACAAUGUAGUGACUGUUGUAAGGACAUUUUUUUUUAGCUAAAGUCAGCGCAAGUGCCAGCAACGUUGUUUUUUAAAGUUGCCUUUCAAUUGCCUGAUUAGAACUGUUUGACUCAGGAUGUUACGUUGCAGCUGCCAAACUUUAAGUGACCACUAUGUUGAGAAGCUAAAAGCAUAACCUGGUGAAGAAAUGUCUUUUUCACAGAUGCAAGAUUCACUCAGUUUUGCUGACAAGUGUUACGGCCGAUCAUCAGGUCACUCGAAGGAUGAAGCAGUUGGUGCAUAAACGUAAGACUUGGUUUCAAGGCCAGACUGCAUGUUGUAACCAGAGUGAUGAUUUAAAGGACAGUAGCUGUAUCUGGUCUGAAAUAAGGAGGAUUCGACCAAAAAUGCUGCACUUUAAAACUUAUUUUGCAUGUCAUGUAUGCGUCAGACUUGGCUAAUUUUUGUCCAUAAAAGUGACAAAAACAUUAUUCUCCUCAGGCUCAUUUGUCCUUACUCCUUUCCAACUUUUCCAGUUUCAAGUAAGUGACGGACAAAUGUUGUCCACACAGCAGUAAAGGAAGAGAAAAUGUGAUUAAGAGAGCCCAUUUGUUCAAUCAGAAUUACAACACAGCUACAAAUGUGCGGAAUAUUGAAGUUCAACAUGAUAGUCAGAUAUUUCUUUUUUGUUUUCUAGCACAUUGUCAAAACUAAAGUGAUUAUGAGCCUACAACAAGCAAGCAGAAAUGUUUCCAUUUUAUCUUUGAAGUAAAGUGUAUUUUGACUUUCCUUAUUCCUUCUUCACUUUACUGCAGAUGUCAUUCAUGUGCAAGAUCGAAAUAAAAUGACUAUCAAAGCCA